CGCGCUGUACACAUAUACAGAGAGUGAGAGAGAGAGAUUUAACAAAACACUAUAAUAUCGACUCUUUUGAUUUUAAAACGCUGUUGUUGUGCUGAUGGACUAGGCUACGCUACGUGCGCGUAAAGUCACACAGAGGAGACGCGCGCGCGUGCUUGUGUGAGGCACACAGGAGAUCGUUUACAUCAGCAUCAGUCACCUUUGAACCGUUCAUUGUCUCUAUGGAAACAAACUACCAUCAGGCAUCACUCGGCUCUCUGGUUUGUGAUGAAAAUGGUGAAGCAAUGAGCAGUCAGACACCGGGUCCUGUUAUAUUUCAGCCGGGGUCGCCCGGACAGGACUCUUUCCCGUGUCUGCGCCCUCUUUCCCUUCCUCAGAGGACCAAUGUGGAGGCACAUUGCUCAGGAGAUGUCACCGUUAUGGUCAAGGAGAAAAUAGAAAAUGGUCAUGGGAUUUAUUCUGGUCUUGUUGAUGGUCCUGUUUGUAAACCCAUCCUGUCCUCUCCUCCUCGUCGUCAUCAUUCUCUGCCUCAUGCACAUCAUCCUCCUUUGGGGCGUACGCGGGCGGGCAGCAGGUCCAGCUCCAUCGCUUAUACGGCCUUUUCACCGAGACCUUCCAUCUCACGUCACUCCAGCAUCGCCACCAAUCCGCCGAUGGACCGUUCCAAACCCAAAGACUAUCUCAUCCUCGCUGUCAUCGCCUGCUUCUGUCCCGCCUGGCCCAUCAACAUUGUGGGAUUUGUUUACUCUAUAAUGUCCCGUAACAGUCUGGAGCAGGGCAACAUUGAUGGAGCCAGACGUCUGGGUCGAGUAGCAAAGAUGCUGUCUGUAGUCUCACUGGUCGGAGGAGCUCUCAUUAUUAUAGCAUGUGCAGUUAAUCUGUCAAUUAAUGUUAAAUCCUGAGUAUGGUGAACAUGUCCUGGAUUCAGCUGAACAUCACAUCGAUGAAUAAAAAUAACAGCACACUUCUUUUAUCUUCAUGCACUCGAUGACAUCACCACAUACAUAUAAUGUGAAAAACUGACUGUGUCCUUCACUGAUCUGAGGUAACUGCAUUAUGAAAUACUCACACCACUUUAUAGAGGUAAAUUGCUGAUAAAGCAAAUGUAUUUUUUCUCUAAAACAAGAAGAAAAAUCUUGUAAAGGUUUGUAAGGAGGCAUUCAAUGAGAAUAUUAUGGCAAAUAAGAUGAUGUGAAAGAGAACACAGAUCAACCAGACAGACUGGAUUUGGGAUGCUGGUCAUAUUUACUCAAAUAGUUAUCUUAGUUACAAUAAACUUAACAUUGCCAUACAUUCAAAUGUUUUAAACAUUAUUUUCUCUGAGUUUUUAUGACAUGACAAAUUGAUUUCCUUUAAUAUGAAAUGUCUCUUUCAUCAAAUGACACUAAUGAUUUCAUUGAAGUUAUUAUUACACUGUUCUCUAACAUGACUUAUAUAAACAGACAAAAUGUAGCAUAUAAACUGAGCUGAAAUAUUAUUUUUUUAAACCGAAAGCAACACACAGGUAAGAGAAAGUGAAAGCAAUGAAGGAAACAAACACUGUAAUAUGCUGCAAACCUUUGACCUGAAUUGUGUUGUUGAAUUAUCUCUAUACACUGUGUCACCUGUAGCUAACUGUAGCUAAACACAAUCUUAAGAUUUAUGAAAUAUUACAUUAAUGUAAUGUUCUGUCCAUUCACAUGAGAUCUUACGAUUUGUAAUGUUUUUAUAACUGUGAAAAAUCCCAUUCAGAAAUCUGAUACACACAUGUAUGGACUAUUGUUGAGUUUAUGUUAUGGUUGUGUAUGAAUUUCACAUACUUAUAAAUGUGCAACAUGCAUGGUAUAUUUAACAAAUGUCAUUCGGUGAACAACUUGAAUUCCUCAUCAUCACAAGAACACAUGAGCUCACAUGAAGUGAAUCUAUGAUGUAUUUGUAUCUCUGAACUAUAAACACGUUCACACAUAGAAACAAACUCCUUUUAUAUGUAAAGUUUGCUGAUAUGUGGCCAUAUAUUUAUCAGAUUUCUGUACGGGAAUGAGGAAUGGGGUUUGUACGUUUGGGAUUUUCACUGUAAUUGAAUUUAAAUGUAUUGCAUAUGUUGUAUUACACAUCCUGUGAUAUGUGAAUGAUUAUAUUUCUAGUUGGUUUAGUAGAUUACAUUCAUGUAUUUCUUUGUAUUGUUUCUGUAUGUUUUUUUUAACAAUUAUUUUUCAUACACAUCUUGUGGGUUUCUAUAAGGCUCUUUAUGGCUCAUGGGAAAACAUUGUUAAAAUCAUACCUGCAGUAAAAUAUAACUGUUGUGUAGCCAUUACAAACAUAGUGCACUUAUUUUUGCAUGUCACAAUAUUUUGAUAGUCUUGUAUUUAACACUAGUUCCCUCUACAUAUCUCUGAAGGGAAAAUAAAAUAAAGCAUUUCACAUGAAGUGUAAA